AAGGUAGGCUCAGACAAGGUGCUGACUAAUUUCUGUGUGCAGAAAAUUCUUUACAGUGUUACUAAACCCAGGACCCUGCAUUCACUAUAUCUGGUCUCCCACAGUACACACAACAUAGAAGUGCAAUUAUUUUAGUAAUUAUAAACUGCCAAAUACCUUUUCUCAUCAGCAGUUAGAGCAGUCUUGUGACUUCUAUCAGUGUCCAGCCGAGCACUGGUUAAAGCUUGUAGGAGGAGUUUUCAUUCUCUAGGAGGAUGCAGAACCCCUGA